AUGUCAAACGCAGAGCUGGCACAUUCGCGUUCUUCUUCGCCCUGCGCCGUGCCACAAGAUUCCAAUUUUGUGGGUGGGAUCUAUGCAAAUGCUGCUGCAUCUAAUUCUGUGGCUCCUACACGACAAACGGCCCCACAAUCGACGUCCAUGGCAUUGGAGCAAUAUCGACUGCAACUUUAUAACUAUGCCUUGAACAUUGAGCGGCUGAGGUGUCCGCCGUACACGACAGCCGGAGGCACGGCCGGGCUGUCCUCGUGGCUACAUCCGUAUAGCUGUCAUAGUGUUGCGGGGAGCGCCGGUAAUCGACUAGCCACACUCUCGACAAUCUCACUUUUCCCGCAGUCCCAGCGCAUAUUCCAUCCGGAGGAGCCGAAACCGCAGCAUAGCUACAUUGGAUUAAUUGCAAUGGCCAUCCUUAGUUCUGCAGAGAUGAAGUUAGUGCUAUCAGACAUUUAUCAAUACAUUUUGGAUAACUAUCCGUACUUCCGGACACGGGGUCCCGGUUGGCGCAACUCCAUACGGCAUAAUCUAUCGCUAAACGAUUGCUUCAUCAAGUCGGGCCGGAGUGCAAAUGGCAAGGGCCACUACUGGGCUAUCCAUCCCGCUAACAUGGAUGAUUUUCGCAAAGGUGACUUUCGACGUCGCAAGGCGCAGCGCAAAGUUCGCCGCCACAUGGGUUUAUCUAUUGACGAUGCCAGCGCAGACUCGCCUAGCCCUCCACCGUUGGACCUGACCACUCCGCCCCCUGUACUGCCGCCGGCUUCAGUGCAAGCGUCCAUGCAGUUGGCUGCUCUGAAUUACCCCUAUCAUCAGCAUUACAUUAGCCACUUCUUCGGACGUAACCCCUACUCCAGCCAGGCUGCAAGUGCGCAACAGCAAAGGUCGGAGCCAGGUUAUCAGCUAGCCCAGCAUCAGCAUCAUCAGCAUCCGAAUCAAAAUCCAAAUCCAAAACAACAUCCACAUUCUCUGCCGCAUCACCAUCCAAAUUUAAAUCAGCAUCAGCAUAUUGCGUAUAUCAAUUCAACGACGACUACGACAAUUGCAAACUUGUAUUCGCAGACGCGGAAACGUCAGUUCGACGUUGCAUCGCUGCUAGCACCCGAUGUUCACAUUGUGGAUAUAGUUGAGGGAGAGGAUUCCUCAACGCAGCAUACGGUUAUAACGAAGGUGCAAGUAAAGAAACAGCAACUAUUCCAUCGAGAGUUGGUUGCGGAGCAAUCAAAUACGAAUUCCAAUACGAGCUCGAAUAUGAAUUUGAAUCCUAAUACAUAUCCAGCUUUCGGUGCAACUGAAGGUGCACGUGCAGCUGAUGCUGAUGUUGAUGCAGACAUUGAUGUGGAUGGAGAUGACGAUGGAGAUGGGGAGGGAGAUGGGCAGCAGUCAGAAGGAGGGCCGCGCUUGCUCUCGGCUGAUGACAAUAAUUCGUACCUUAGCGAUGGCAGACAGUCCCUGUUAUAUGCGGACAUUGCGGAGCAGGGCCAGGAGCCGGAACCCGAACAGCAGGAGCCACGUCAUUUUUCCGUUUGUGUUUCACCUCCUUUAGGUAGCUCCGUGGCAAGCAGCAGCCAACAUGAUUCCAAUUCCUUGGAGGAGUGCCCACCUGAAACCACAUCUAGUCCGGAGUUAUCGAGCAGGUCCACCAUGUCCAUGUCGCUUAAUAGCGUCGAUCCACAGAUCUUAAGAAGAUAUUAUGGCAGCUAUAUGGCAGCUGCAGCUGUAGCUAGGCAAGCCACGCUCGAGGCAUCGCCCAGAGCCCAAAUAAAAAAUAUAGCCGCGCAUACGUCCCAACACCCGCCUAUUGAACUGUUACCCAAUAAAUCAUAA